AAUUACAAUUUUGGGCGAUAAGAAAAAAGAGUGGGGCGAAAUGCGGUCGGAAUGAAAUUGAAAUUCACGGCAAAUGCAAAUUCGGCUGAAAUGCAAAUUCUUAUUAAAUUCACGCGGACGCGUCAUGAAAAUCGGUGUACCAGAGGGAGUCGUCAUCGCGAGAGAGAGAGAGAGAGAGACAGAACCGAGGGAUUUUAGAGAGAGAAAUCGCCGGCGUAUCCUCGGGAUUCCCGCCGGGAAAUUAGUAGUUUAAAGCCGUGCUGCUUGUUUUUGACCGGAAAAUGUUUCUAGAAAUGGCGGAGAAUUUAGACUGAAGCCUUGCUGUUCUGUGUCGUGUUCAACGCGGACGCCAUUGUCGAGCUGCUUACCGGCUUCACUAGGAGGUAUUACUAACAGCCGCGAACUGUCCAUUAUCGUCAAUGGAGAGUUAUUUCUUGAUUUUUAUUGUAGGGGCGAUUGUCUGUGUUUAGGAUUGGAAUUCAAUUUGGUUUGAACUGCGUUGGGAGUGGUGAUUUAGGCAUUUUUUCUUGAGCAUUAUCGUUUAGAGUUACUUUGGGGCGAAAUGGGCGACACUGAAGAUGCUCGUACUGAUAGAAAUCUUCAAUGUUCGUUUGGAGCAUCUUCCUCCUCAGCUGUGAAGCAUCAUUUCUCGAUGGAUCAACUUAAACUUUCUCAAAUGAACUGCUCACAAGUUCGUCCACAGCACUUUCAGUCAAAUUUUCUUGGAGAGAAUAAUAGGAGAAUUGGGAUUCCGCCUUCUCCCAACUCAACGCAGAUCCCACCAAUCUCACCGUAUUCUCAGAUCCCGAUCUCCCGUCCGAUGAACCAGCAGAGUUUCAACCCAGUGCCUACUCAUUCUCGAUCGUUAUCUCAGCCUUCUUUUUUCUCUCUCGAUUCUUUGCCUCCUUUAAGCCCGUCUCCAUUUCGUGACUCCCCAUCUACAUCAAAUUCAGAUCAGGUUUCUGCUGAUACGUCAAUGGAAGAUAGGGAUGCCAGUUCACAUUCUUUGUUGCCUCCAUCACCUUAUAUGAGAGCCAAUUCUUCUAAGAUUGGAGAUGCUUUACCUCCUCGUAAAGCACACAGGCGGUCUAAUAGUGAUAUUCCUUUUGGAUUAUCUUCGAUGAUUCAGUCAUCUCCUCUUCUCCCAUUUAGUGGUUCGGGCGGAUUGGAGCGAUCAACAAGUAAUAAAGAGAAUGCGGGCAUGCUAAGGCCGGCCAGUCAGUUUGUUAAAAGAGAACCCAGUUUGGAGAAAAGCGUUGAUAACAAUUUGGAAGGAAUGGGUGAGAGGAAAUCCGAAGGGGAAACUGUGGAUGAUUUAUUUUCUGCUUACAUGAAUUUGGAUAAUAUUGAUUUGUUCAACUCUUCAGGGACCAACGACAAGAAUGGUCAUGAGAGUCGGGAGGACUUGGAUAGUAGAGGUAGCGGAACAAAGACAAAUGGGGGUGACAGCAGUGAUAAUGAAGCAGAAAGCAGUGUAAAUGAAAGUGGGGAUAAUUCUCAAAUUCCUGGAUUGUAUUCGUCUGCUGAGAAGAGGGAAGGGAUCAAACGAACUGCGGGGGGAGAUAUCGCUCCAACUACCAGACAUUACCGAAGUGUUUCCAUGGAUAGCUUCAUGGGCAAGUUGCAGUUUGGUGAUGAGUCACCCAAGAUGCCUCCUACACCACCUGGUAUUCGUUCAGGACAAAUUUCUUCAAACAAUUUAGUUGAUGGCAAUUCAACUCCAUUCAGCUUGGAGUUUGGUAAUGGUGAGUUCAGUGGGGCUGAACUGAAGAAAAUUAUGGCAAAUGACAAACUUGCUGAGAUUGCUCUAACUGAUCCCAAGCGUGCAAAGAGGAUCUUGGCAAACCGUCAAUCUGCUGCUCGAUCAAAAGAACGAAAGAUGCGGUAUAUAUCUGAGUUGGAACAUAAGGUUCAGACUCUUCAGACAGAAGCUACCACACUGUCUGCCCAACUCACACUUCUACAGAGAGAUUCAGUUGGGCUUACGAACCAGAAUAAUGAGCUGAAGUUUCGUCUCCAAGCCAUGGAACAACAAGCACAACUACGGGAUGCUCUAAAUGAAGCCUUAACCGCGGAGGUUCAGAGACUGAAGCUCGCCACAACUGAUAUAAACGCACAGUCUCAUCCCUCGAAUGGGGUAAUGAAUCACCAUGGACUCCAACUUCAGCUUCAGCAGCAGCACCAACAGCAACAGCAACAGCAACAUAUGCAGCAGCAGAAUGGGAGUGCAACCACAAAACCAGAGUCCAACCAAUAAUAUUUUGUGGAACAUGGAUGAGCUUCACUUCUCUUUGAUCACCUUGUUCAUCUUUAGAAAUAUUCAUUAUUGUAAGCUAGCUUUCUUAUUAUUUGCAUUUGUCAAAUAUCCACCACCCCAACACAGUCUUUCUAAAGUUGUGUAAAUCACACACUUAAUUUUAUGCUUUAUUUUCAAUUAUUUAGUGAAUGUAGGCAAUCUUUUGUUACCAAAAAAGAAGUGUACUUGAUGAUAAAUUACUUUAUAUAUGAUAUUAUUUUAGAAUGGGAAUUCCCUUCCUUUC